UCUUUAGUACAUCACCUGAGUUGUGGGGUAAAUGUAGAGAGUGUCAAUCACAAGCACAGCUCAGAGCUGGGAAGGAGCUAGAGAUGGCGGCUGUGCCUUAGAGAGCGCACUCAGCUCUCUGUUUGCUUCCUGCACUUCAACUUUCUGCAACUUUGCUAGAUCCCCUGGGGGGAGCCCAUUACGGAUACACUGCCUAUGAUUCUCGGGGAAUAGUAGGGUACCCCUGGAUUUUGAGGAUAUUUUGUGCCGUUUCUCCGAUCUCCGCAGGAGAGAAGGAGCCGAGGAGUCUGCUCGUUGUUUUCCCAGCUCAUGGCGCACCUCCAUUUUUGUUCGCUCUGAUCAGCCCUUCCUCCCCUCUUCCCAAUCAGCCCUCCUAUCGCCCCAUAAGCAAUAACCCCUUUAAUAUCAAUUGAUAUUGCCUCCGAUCUUUUACUUUUUACCUCGAAAUAAUUAUUUUAUUUCGUUUUCACCGUUUUAACGUUCUCUUGGAAUACAGGGAUUCCAUUCCGGGUUCGAUCCAUGGACUGAUCAGCAAAUACCUGGGCAUACCACUUCAAAGGCCAGUCUGCCACCUGUCUCCAAUAUUAAAGGGAAUCAAGAUGAUGAGAAAUAAAGAUAAAAACGUGGAAGACGAAGACGGAUCUCCCCACAGCAAUGCAUCGAGUCACUCUGCAUCGGAGGAGUCUAAUCAUUCUGCCUCUGGAUCUGAGUCUGGCAGCCAAUCGGAAAGUGAGCAUGGCGAAUCGAACAGCGGCUCUGGAUCUUCGGAAAGUCAAUCUGAGUCAGAGUAUGAUUCAACAGGUUCCAAAACACAGCCGUCUGAAGCCAAAGAAAAGACACUUCCCAAGAAGGAAAGACUAGCUGAUGUAAAGAAGAUGUGGGAAGAAUAUCCUGAUGUUUAUGGGGUUAGGAGAUCAAACCGAAGCAGACAAGAACCUUCUCGAUUUAAUAUUAAAGUUGAGAGUAGUGAGUCGGAAAAUGCAAGUCCAAAGAGACGAAGCCUGAGAAUAACAAGGAAUCAAGAGAAGAAAACGUUUUUUUCUGAUGAUGAUGAGGAUGAUGAGGAUGAUGAGGAAGAGGCCAGUAGUGCAGAAAGUGAAGCAGAGCAAAGAAAAGUCAGAUCCCGGCGAUUACAACCCAAACGGGCUUCUACAAGGAAUAUAAAGAAGCCUCAACGUGGGAACAAGAGAAAGCAGGAUUCUUCAGAGGAGGACGAUGACGACGACGAUGAUGACGAAACACCUAAAAGGCAAACCAGGCGUCAAGUAGCUAAACAUGUCAGCUACAAAGAAGAUGAUGACUUUGAGACAGAUUCCGAUGACCUGAUCGAAAUGGCAGGGGAGGAGGUAGAGGAGCAGGAAGAUAAUCACGAGACUAUAGAGAAAGUAUUGGACACCAGGAUUGGAAAAAAAGGAGUUACUGGAGCAUCAACUACUGUGUAUACUGUGGAAGAAAAUGGGGAUCCUUGUGCUGACUUUAAUCCUGAAACCGAUGAAGGGGAGCCACAGUACCUUAUCAAAUGGAAAGGGUGGUCUUACAUCCACAGCACCUGGGAAAGCGAAGAGUCUCUGCAGCAGCAGAAGGUGAAAGGCUUGAAAAAGCUGGAAAACUUCAAGAAGAAAGAUGAUGAAAUCAAGCAUUGGCUGUCAAAAGUUUCACCUGAAGACGUAGAGUAUUUUAACUGUCAGCAAGAAUUAGCAUCUGAAUUGAACAAACAGUACCAGAUAGUUGAGAGGGUUAUAGCAGUGAAGACUGGCAAGUCUGGUUCUGGACAUUCUGACUUUCCAGCUCACGUUAAAAAAAUGGCCUCUUCUAAUGAGCCGGAGUACCUGUGCAAAUGGAUGGGCCUUCCGUACGCAGACUGCAGCUGGGAAGAUGGGGCUCUCAUUAGCAAGAAGUUUCAACAUUGCAUUGACAGCUUCAGCUCCAGAAAUAAUUCAAAAACCACCCCGGCAAAAGACUACAAGGUUCUAAGGCAGAGACCAAGGUUUGUUACCUUAAAGAAGCAACCUGCUCAUAUUGGUGGUGAGGGCCUGGAGCUGCGAGACUACCAACUGGAGGGUCUUAAUUGGCUAGCUCACUCGUGGUGCAAGUACAACAGUGUAAUCCUUGCCGAUGAGAUGGGCUUGGGGAAGACUAUACAGACUAUUUCCUUCCUCUCCUACUUGUUCCACCAGCAUCUGCUCUAUGGGCCAUUUCUCUUAGUUGUGCCCCUAUCAACUCUAACAUCUUGGCAGAGGGAGUUUGAGAUCUGGGCACCUGAUAUUAAUGUAGUAGUUUACAUCGGAGACAUGGGAAGCAGGAAUACGAUACGAGAAUAUGAAUGGGUUCAUCAGCAGAGCAAGAAGAUGAAAUUCAAUGCACUACUAACCACCUAUGAGAUUUUGCUGAAGGACAAAGCGGUAUUGAGUAGUAUUAACUGGGCAUUUCUUGGGGUGGAUGAAGCACAUCGGUUGAAGAAUGAUGAUUCUUUGCUCUACAAAACACUCAUAGACUUCAAAUCCAACCACAGGUUACUGAUCACAGGGACUCCCCUUCAGAACUCUCUCAAGGAGCUGUGGUCUCUGUUGCACUUUAUCAUGCCAGAGAAGUUUGAAUAUUGGGAGGACUUUGAAGACGAGCACGGCAAAGGGAGAGAUAAUGGGUAUCAGAGUCUACACAAGGUCCUCGAACCCUUCCUUUUGCGCAGAGUCAAAAAGGAUGUGGAGAAGUCUCUACCUGCCAAAGUAGAACAGAUCCUGCGAAUAGAGAUGUGCGCUUUGCAGAAGCAGUAUUACAAAUGGAUAUUAACAAGGAACUACAGGGCUUUAUCCAAGGGAACAAGAGGUAGCACAUCUGGCUUUCUUAACAUUGUCAUGGAAUUGAAGAAGUGCUGCAACCACUGUUUUCUCAUCAAAUACCCAGAGGAGAUAGAGAAGGAGAGCAAACAAGAGGGUUUGCAGACUUUAAUUAGGAGCAGUGGGAAACUAAUUCUUCUGGACAAGCUGCUGACAAGACUGCGUGAACGAGGGAACAGAGUGCUUAUUUUUUCCCAAAUGGUGCGCAUGCUGGACAUCUUAGCAGAUUACCUGACAAUCCGACACUACCCUUUCCAGAGAUUGGAUGGCUCAAUAAAGGGGGAACUUCGGAAGCAAGCCCUGGAUCACUUUAAUGCUGAAGGAUCAGAGGACUUUUGCUUCCUGCUUUCCACACGGGCUGGUGGUCUGGGGAUCAACUUGGCUUCUGCUGACACUGUAGUCAUAUUCGAUUCCGAUUGGAAUCCCCAGAAUGACUUGCAGGCUCAAGCAAGAGCUCAUCGAAUAGGCCAGAAGAAACAGGUAAAUAUAUACAGACUUGUUACUAAGAACACCGUGGAGGAAGAGAUCAUCGAACGAGCAAAAAAGAAAAUGGUUCUGGACCAUCUUGUAAUCCAACGCAUGGAUACCACAGGCAGAACAGUGCUGGACAACAACAACUCUGGAAGUUCAAACUCCAAUCCAUUUAACAAAGAAGAACUUGCUGCUAUUCUAAAGUUUGGUGCUGUGGACCUUUUUAAGGAACCUGAAGGUGAAGAGUCAGAGCCUCAGGAAAUGGACAUCGAUGAGAUUUUACGCAUGGCUGAAACAAGGGAGAAUGAGCCAGUGUCCACUGCCACCGAUGAGCUUUUGUCUCAGUUCAAGGUGGCCAACUUUUCAACUAUGGAGGAAGCCGAGCCAGACUUAGAAGACAAAGUACAUGAUUGGGAUGACAUCAUUCCUGAAGAACAGCGGAAGAAAAUCGAAGAUGAAGAACGACAGAAAGAGCUAGAGGAGAUCUAUAUGCUUCCCAGAAUUAGAAGUUUGAAUAAAAAGGCUCCAGCAAAUGAUAGUGAAUCUGAUUUGGAGUCCAAACAGAAAGCUCAGCGUUCCUCUGGAUCGGAGAGUGACUCAGACGACUCGGAUGAUGAAAAGAAACCUAAACGCAGAGGACGUCCUCGCAGCGUUAGGAAGGAUAACGUUGAGGGAUUUACAGAUGCAGAGAUCAGAAGGUUUAUCAAGGCAUAUAAGAAGUUUGCUACUCCACUUGAAAGACUCGAGUGCAUUGCUCGGGAUGCAGAACUUCUUGAGAAAUCUGUUGCAGAUUUACAGAGACUGGGUGAACUAUUACACAACAGCUGCACUUCUGCCAUGCAGGAGUUUGAGGAACAGCUAAAGGAAAACCCUACAGAUGGUAAAGGUCCGGGUAAGAGGAGGGGUCCAACUAUCAAAAUCUCUGGUGUCCAGGUGAACGUUAAAGCCAUUAUCCAACAUGAGGAAGACUUUGAAAUUCUCAAGAAAUCCAUUCCAGCAGAUCUAGAGGAAAGGAAAAAAUUCCAAUUGGCCAGCCGGGUUAAAGCUGCCCAUUUUGAUGUCGACUGGGAUGUUGAAGAUGAUUCACAUUUACUCCUUGCAAUUUUCGAACAUGGUUACGGAAACUGGGAACUGAUUAAAAGUGAUCCAGAAUAUAAAUUGACCGAGAAGAUUUUGCCUGUUGAAACAGAGAAGAAGCCGCAAGGUAAACAUUUACAAUCAAGAGCAGACUACUUACUGAAACUCCUAAGGAAAGAAAUGGAAAAGAAGGAGGGCGUUCAAGGAGAUGAGACUAAAUUAAAGAGAAGGAAGCCUCGUGCAAAAAAAGAUAGUACAGUCAAGGGGAAAGAUGAGCACGGCAAUGAUCUCUCUUCUCCCAAACACUCUGACAACCCAUCGGAAGAGGGAGAAGUGAAGGAGGGUGGUACAGAGAAGAGCCCUAGCAAAAAGAAGCAGAAGAAAAAAGAUAAUAAGGAAAAUAAAGAUAAGAAAAACCAAAAGAAGGAAGGAGCCAAAGAGAAAAGAAAAGCCAAGGAAAAACCCAAGAAAGGGGAGACUAAGGGUGCUGCUAAAAGCAGGAAGAAUCAAGGACCAGUUCAUAUUACAGCUGGGAAUGAGCCGGUUCCCAUUGGGGAGGAUGAGGAAGAUGACUUGGACCAGGAAACCUUCAGCAUUUGCAAGGAAAGAAUGAGACCAGUAAAAAAAGCCCUGAAACAGCUAGAUAAACCUGACAAGGGCCUGAGUGUUCAAGAACAGCUGGAGCAUACUCGCACAUGCCUUCUCAAAAUUGGAGAUCGCAUUUCUGAGUGCCUUAAAUCUUACUCUGACCAGGAGCAUGUGAAAAUAUGGAGAAGAAAUCUCUGGAUCUUUGUGUCAAAAUUCACAGAAUUUGAUGCACGAAAACUGCAUAAACUUUACAAGAUGGCACAUAAAAAGCGAUCCCAGGAAGAAGAGGAGCAAAAGAAAAAGAAUGUAGCCAUCAAGAAGCCCUUUAGGCCAGAGCCGUCGGGUUCUAGUAGGGACUCUGUUGCUUCCCAGUCUCACGGGCCCCAUGGGCAACAAAAGCCUCACCCUAUGCCACCUCAUGCACAACAAAUGCAUGGGCAUCCAAGAGAAAACUAUGGCAAUCCAAACAAAAGACCCUUUAACGCAGAGAGAGGUGAAUGGAGAGAUCGUAAGUUCAACUAUCGAGGUGGUGGCAAUAACAACAGCAACCAGCCUUGGGGGGGAGCAAACCAUCAUCACCAAUAUGACCAGCAUCGAUACAAGGAUCAUCAUUAUUCUGAGCGCCGACCUCAUGGAGAUCCUCGCAGGAACUCUGCAAACUAUAGGCCAAACAAUGGUCCCCGUAAAAGACCAUAUGACCAGUACAACAACGAGCGAGAUCACAGAGGACACAGAGAUUAUUAUGAUCGACAUCACCAUGACAACAAGAGAAGAAGAUCUGAUGAAUUUCGUCCUCAGGGCUACCACCAGCAAGACUUCAGAAGAAUGGGGCCAGACCAUAGGCCCCCGAUGGGAUAUCAUGGGCAAGGACCUCCAGAUCAUUACCGCUCCUUCCAUCCAGAAAAAUCUGGGGAGUAUAAGAGCACAUCUCAGCAAUCUUCCACACUUUCAGAUCCUCGUUCUCCCCCGACUCAAAAAUCCCCUCAUGAAUCUAAAUCCCCACUGGACAGAUCAUUAGAACAGAAAAGUACUGAUUACAACUGGAAUGCUCGGAAAACCUAAAAUAGGUGCAUGUCUUGGGCGGACCUAAUUGAUUUUCUUUCAAAGAAAAAGACCGGAAGGCUCAAGUCCUGGAUAUUUGGUCCUAAUGACACUUCACAGUUGGCCACUUGAUGCAACAAGGCCUUUGCUGCUACAAAAAAAACUAAUCCUAAUUGUUUCCCAGACGAGUAAUAGGUUUUGGAAACCCAUCAUGUGUAAUAUGACUGCUUUAUGGGAAGAUUACCAAUACCUGUGCCAAGAAUAUGAAUUUGACCAGAACAUUUCUAGUACCCUUAACACGUAUCCAUCUUACCAUUUCAAAAUGAGCCAAUAUACUAUUUUCCCACAAACACAUCAAGUGGGAUUGUGAGGCUGGAUGUUACAAAUCUUUGUUGGAAGGAUUAAAGUGGCAGGCUCUUUCUGACAUUUGAAGGCCUCACGGAUGGAGUCCUAUUAAAUGUGUUAGACUGGAGUCUUGUGCGUAUUCUGCAAGCUACUGAUGCAGUGUCUACCAGCAAACCGUUGCGUUCUCCAAGAUCUGUAUGCUGUAGAUUUAUUUUUUUUCCUCUUGCUUUUUUUUUUGCAGGUUUUACAGAAGGGGACACAAAGGCAGUAAUAUAGAGUUGAGGAAAUGGACCUAAUAGGAAAAUCUCAGUUCAUAUUUAUGCUCUUCAAAUAUUUCAGAAUGUUCCCAGUGUGUUCGAUCAUGUUGUCAUGGGAACGGCACAGAAUCAGAUUUCAUAGCUUUUGAAAGUGUACAUAUAUGAAUCUCUCUGGAAUUUCAUUGCACAUAUGAGAAUUAAAUAUGGGCAAAUGCUUGAACACGUAUUUGUAUUUACCCAUCACCCCUCACCCUUCCACCAAAAUGGUUGCAGAAAUAUUGGUAGAACAAUGAUCGUUGUUCUUUAUUUUUCUAUUCCUUGUUUUUUUUUUUACAUGAAAUUUCUUACACUGCAUUAAGUUUGCAGUUGACAAAAGAGAUAGGCCUGGUCACUUGUAAGUUACUACAUCAGUGUUCAUUAAAAUAUGAAUGCAUUUGUAGUGCCCACAGCAUGGUUAUAAAGUAAAUCUGGUAACUCACCAUGUUAGAACGUUUGUAGAUCACGUCUUGAACACUGAGAUGCCAGUUGCCACUCUCUGUUUGUAACAAGUCGUACUUCUUCUCAAGCCCCAUGGAAUAUAAUAAUGUAUAGCUAUCCUGACUCUCAUUCUCACUAUCCAUUUACUAUUCCCAGGUGAAAGUGUAGCACCCUUGCAAUGCACAUAGUGGCCAGUGUUGUUCCUGUUGCUAAGCACAAGUUAUUUCAUACUUAACACAGCCUUGGCCUACUGGAUGCUUUCAAAGAAAAUGUACAUGAAAUAUUGGGAAGUGUGAUUGCUUGACAUUGUUUUGAAAGCUCCUGCAACCUUUUCAUUAAAAAACAUAUUUCCUAGAUUUGACAAAUAAUACAUUGCAUUAUAACGGAUCGCUGUUUAUUUUGUCUCCUCAAAGCUUAAUUGAACCAAAAAAAUUAAUAAUUGGAAGAUACAGUUCUUCCCUCCACAGUAUUGGGUCACUGGUAACCUCUGCACUUUUUAAAUUCUUGUUAUUGAAGAAUUUUACAACAUCCUGUACACAGAAAGACAUCCAAUCACCAACAUGUCCUGUCACUGCCAGGCAGCCUAAGAGUUCUUCCCAGUUCUACCUACAGUUGGUACGGUAAAAAGGUUGUGGCACACUAAUUUAAACAACAUUAUUUAUAAGUGGUUAUAGAGAUUUAUUUUUUUUGCCUAGAUUUCAGGAUAUAAUGAAAGACGGUUGUUUCAUGGAUCUACAUUCGUUUUUAAUGAAAAAUAAGAUAAACUGCACUCAUUAUGUUACAAAACAAAUGAACACAUCCUACUUUAAAAUUGCACAGUUUAUUGAUGACGGUUGGAAUAUUCACCCUUCAUAUUGGAAGAUUGAUGUCAGGCAUAUUUACCUGUUCUGGGUAAAAGUGUCAACAAACAUUUUACUGAGUUCUCCCACACAACUAACCAAUAAUGUCCUGGAAUCAGACAAUGGAUACAUCCGAGGACUGGGAUUGGCCAAAGGACUGUGCAAUUUGCCUCCGAAAGAAUCCUGCUUGACUUACUUGGCUCCUGCAAGUAUUAUUGGCGUAGAAACAAUUGUCAGUGUUCCUAAAUUGAAUAAAUUUUGCACAAAAAUAUUUUAAAUAAAAAAAAAGGGGGGGGGGGUGGGGGUGUCCUAUUAAUGUAUUACUGAUUUUGAACUUUUUGGCCUGGUGUUUAUCAUUUGUGUUCUGCUCUUUUAGACAGAAACAUUGAGUGCCUUAGUUUAAUGUCUUUAAUGUAUAAUUAAGCCAUGCAAAAUUGUCGCCUAAAACAGGAAGGGUAUCUCCUUUGUUGUGGCAUGUGUGUCAUUUAAAGUAGUGCCAGCAUACCUGCAGCAGAUAUUGUAUUUCUCUCCCUCUCUGUCUUUUUUUUUAUAUAUAUAUUCAUAUUUUCACGAUUGCCACUAUGGAUACAAGUAUACAUAAAUUAUCAGGAAGUUUGCACUGUUUAACUGUAGAGUUAGUUUAUUUAACAAGAUUUGUAAUCUCACAAAAAAAAACUGGGGAACUGUAAAAUAUGGUACAAACAUUUAAAUCCGAACCAAAAAUAUUGUAUAUCACUGGAGACCCAGUACAUUGGUAAGAAUCCUCUUCACUCCAUGUUGUCUUACCCACCCUGCAACACGAUAGCCCAUUUUUUAUUGUUACACUCAAAUACCAGUAUUUAUGUAUGUGUUUCAUAUCAAAUGGAAACUAUUUCUAAAAUUAGAGACUUUAUUUUUCUGAUCAGUUUCCUAAAAUAUGUUCUAUUUUCAUUUAAAUGCCAUUUAGCACGGAUUGGGUGGGGGGGGGGGCAGGACACACAAGAUUAAAAGGUUCAGCUGAAGCUUAAUAUUGAAUGGCAUAUAGAUCGCAUAUAGAUCACUUAUAGAUCACAUGAUGUGUGGUUAAGUUUAAAGCUUACGGCAGAAAAAAAACUUGCAAUGUUUAUUUUACAUUGUCCUACACUAUUUAAAGUGUUUCUCUGUAAACAUAAGAUUAGUGUUAAUGUACAGAACAUUUUCUAUGAAUUGGCUUUAAAUUAAACACUCAAAAAUUCUUUUAAUAACUUAAAGCUGAGCAUAUUCAUUGUAAUUAACAAAAUAAAAUCCCUUGUGAAAUGUUGUAUAUUAUUAUGGUAAAGAUAUAUUUUAUCGGUAGAUUUGGGAUGACAAUUCUAUAAAUCCAGUAAUAUUUUGAGUGAUCAUCACACGGACACAUCAGCAUUAGUAUUCUGCUUAGGAAUAAAAGCAAUAUGGCAUUUAUAUUUCUCCAUCUAGAAUCUGUGCAGUCAAAAAAUAAAUAUCUAACCGCCUUAUAAUGCCGUUACAAUGCUAGUUCGAACACCUGUGCUGAUUUGUUUUUGCUUAAGGGAAAAGUCAUGAUAAUUGGAGUGGUAAAGGCCAAUUUCUGCAUAAAUUCUCCUUUUCACUUGUGAUGGACCAAAAUACCUGGUGAGGUUCAAAAUGGUACAUGAGUAAUACGUUCAAUGCUUGGGAGUUAUUGCUAAAGCAUGUUGCUCACCUUUAUGUUAAUUUAGUGAAUAGUAGUCUGUAUAUUACACACAGCUUUAUACUUUCCCAUGGAUAAGUUUUAAAAUCCAGCAAUAUUUCUAUCAACGGACCCCCGAACACUAGCGCAAAUACAGCAGGGACUGUAGCAAGCAAUCUGAUGGUGACCAUUUUUCAUACGGUUUCAUCCUGGUGUCUGUAUUCAGCAAUGAUUGAGAGGAUGUGGAAAUCUAAGCCUGUAAUUACUUUUUAUUUAUGUGUGAAAAGGCCAUUGUGCUAGUUUAUUUUUUUUCUCUCUCACUCUCUCUCACGUGUAAAUAUGUUGUUUAUAUAGUAUGUAUUAAAUUUUUCCUACAUUGUAAAACUGCUGUACUUUUCAUUCUUGUAUAUUAAAAUGUGACAGAAAAGUUUCACAA